CCAAACAGUAAAAAAAAAUAUUGGAAAUCGAGCAAGACGAGGUUUUUCAUUUUCAAUACGACCAAACUAAACCCACACUCUCCACACAUUGCCUCCAUUCUCUAAAACCAACGCCCUCAACCGCGGCCAUACGCCGUCAACGUUCUCCGGUCUCAUUUCAGCGUCCAGGUAAACUUCAUAAACCAGAUGAAGUUUGGGCUGUAGAUGAGCAAGUGACUUUGUCUUGAUGCUAUUGAACUAGUUAUUCUUGGUUAUUGGAUAAUGGCUUUGUCGAUCUCUAGAAGGAUUGUACGUUCUUUUGGUUCACUGUCUGCCUUGGGCUUCCGCGAAUAUCCAACUGUCGCAGGUCGAUCAUUUCAAGCUUCUGAUUUGAGUGAUCAAAUUGCUGGGGAUAACUUGCUUCAUGCAGAAUGUUUUAGCUUUUCCAAGGGUGGUCCAUCUUUCCUUGGUUUUCGGAGGUUUUCAACCACAAUUUGGACUCCUGAUUCAAAUGGUGGUGCUUUUCCAUCCGAUUUACUGUCUUCAAAGACUGUGCUAACACCAGAGCGUACUAUAGGACUUUAUGAAGACCUGGUAGUUCCUGUGACAAAUUUUCAUAAUGAAGACCAUGGCUUGAUGGUUUUGGCUGGUGAUGUUUUUGAUGUACCUAUUAGAAAGGAUAUUAUCCACCGUGUUGUACGAUGGCAGCUUGCAAAACGACAACAGGGAACACAUUCAACAAAAACUAUUAGUGAGGUUAGUGGGACUGGUAGGAAGCCCUGGCAACAGAAGGGUCUUGGUCGAGCUAGGCAUGGAUCACUGCGUGGUCCCCAGUUUCGAGGUGGUGCUACUAUGCAUGGCCCCAAGCCAAGAAGUCAUGCUUUUAAAUUGAAUAAGAAGGUUAGGCGUCUUGGACUGAAGAUUGCACUGUCUGCUCGUGCUGCUGAAGGAAAGCUUCUUGUCUUUGAGGAUUUGGAGGUCCCUACACAUAAAACCAAAAAUAUAGUGAACUAUGUAAAUCAAAUGGAGAAUACCAAGAAACUUCUGCUGGUGGAUGGUGGCCCCAUAAAUGAAAAGUUGAAGCUAGCUACACAAAAUUUACAUUAUGUCAACGUGCUGCCAUCAAUUGGCUUGAAUGUCUAUAGCAUCUUGCAGCAUGACACGUUAGUGAUGUCCCGUGAUGCUGUUAACAGGAUUGUCGAGCGAAUGCACACUCCAAUCAACCGUUGAACUAGAAUUGCGUCUAUUGGUCAUUUAGUUUUCUAUUGGAAUAGAAGCCUAUAAUUUUGCUGAAAGCAGCUGAGAGAGAAAAAAGAGAACCCCAAACGAUUUGUGUGUUAUCUAUGAUGGCAUUUUCAAAUGCAUGGCUGGGUGUAUAAUUUCAUUUGUAUCAACAUAUUCAGCUUUGAUUUUUGUAGUUCAAAUUUGGUGAGACAGAAAACAAGAGAUUGUUACUUUCACCACCUAUUCCUGUUUGGUAACAAUAAAUUUUCUUGACCAUUUUCCUUUGUA